ACUUAUAGUCUUAUUGCUCAUUCAUUCCAGUAAACUUCUACACAGUAAAUGCAUAGGCGCUUUUAUAAUUAGUGAAAUUUAUUUAAAAUUCUAUAAUCUCCAAUAAUGAAAACCAUUGUAAUCUUUGGAUGCAUCAUCGCGUUGGCAAUGGCUCAAAGACCAUCGUUCGCAGGAACGAGCGCAAAGGUAUAUCCAGAACUUGCCAGUCGUUUUCAAGACACUUCAUCCAACUCUGAACCUUCAUCUAUCGGUAAUAGCCUUGCUAACAGGGUUGGUGAAACCCCCAAGAUCUCUACGACUACCCAGAAACUUCCCCAUGACGUUAACGUGGUGAAUAGAUUUAACCAGCAGCCGUACGAUUCCAGACCUUAUAAACGUUUACAUCUCGCAGGAUCAAGGAACCAUUAUUAAUACUUGCGAUAUUUAGACUGAUAUUUUUUGUAAUUUUUUAUUUAUAUUGACAAAAAUAAACCUUUGUAUCAUGUUUCUGUGGCGUUUUACGAAGAAUA